GAUGGUGCUCAGAAGGAGGAGGAAAGAGAUAAGUGAUCUAGGGGGAGAGUAUAGGACAAAAAGUGAUAAUGAUGAAUACAUUGCAAAGUUUUUUGUCCCUGACGAGGGUGUCAGAUUGAAUGGCAUGUGCGCAUGUGCGAAGGUGUCCAAACUGACAAUGCUUGUGAGAUGAAGAUAGUGUUGUUGCUGCUUCUGGGCUCACGGAGGACGAGAGGAAUCUACAAGCCGACAAGAUGCGAUCCAAGGCUAGGGCAAGAAAACUGGCCAAAAAUGAUAUUGAGCCAGUUGACACCAUGCACGAGACAGAGACCCACCUCCUGGCGGGAGGGGUUGAUAGUGGGGAGGAGGAGACAGAGGACAGCAUCAUGUCUCCCAUCUCCGUAGGACCCCUGUCCCCGCACCCCAACAACCACCAUCCCAGCCACGAUCAUCACCACGAGAUCCCCUUCACGCCCAAGGAAGGCUCGCCCUACGAGGUGCCCGUCUACAUUCCCGGCCCCAGCGACCUGGAGCUGCGCGAGUCCUCGGUUCCCGGAGCGGGCCUGGGGAUAUGGGCCAAAACCCGGAUCGGGAUGGGAGAACACUUUGGACCUCACAGCGCACUGCAGAGCGCCACGGUUAAAGACAGCUCCUUCGGAUGGGAGCUGAAUGACCACGAGGUGACGUCCUCUCCGGAGAGCUGCUUCAAAAAGGUGGUGGAUGAGAUGGGCAACGUCAAGUUCUGUCUGGACGAAGGCUCAGAUCCCGGUGGGAGCUGGCUCAAGUAUGUACACACUGCCAUCUCCAAUGAGGAGCAGAACAUGGCGGCGUGUCACCUCAGCGGAGACCAGAUUGAUUAUAAAGCUAUUAGGGAUAUUAAAGUGGGGGAAGAGCUAUUGGUGUAUAUGAAGGAAGGAAUUUUCCCCGAGGGAUCGAUGGCACUAAACCUAGAAGACGAACAGAUGUACCGCUGUGAGGACUGUGACGAGCUGUUCACCUCGGCCCUGGAGCUGCAGCGGCACCAGAAGUGCUUUUGUUCCAGCGCCGGGUCUGUGUUCGACACUCUCAGCAACGAGGACUUCAAGCAGGGCUGUGACGACAGCGACCACGAGUCUGUUCACGAGUGCAAGGACUGCGAGAAGAUCUUCCCCGACGAGUACAGUCUGGGCCAACACAUGAUUGUGCACACAGAGGAGCGAGAGUACAAGUGUGACCAGUGUCCCAAGGCCUUCAACUGGAAGUCCAACCUCAUCCGCCACCAGAUGUCCCACGACAGCGGCAAGCAGUUCGAGUGUCAAAACUGCGAUAAGGUGUUCACGGACCCCAGCAACCUGCAGCGCCACAUCCGCUCACAGCACAUAGGGGCGCGCACUCACACCUGCCCCGAAUGUGGCAAGACCUUCGCCACCUCCUCGGGCCUCAAGCAGCACAAGCACAUUCACAGUAGUGUCAAGCCCUUCAUCUGCGAGGUGUGCCACAAGUCCUACACGCAGUUCUCCAACCUGUGCCGCCACAAGCGCAUGCACGCCGACUGCCGCACCCAGAUCAAGUGCAAAGACUGUGGCCAGAUGUUCAGCACUACUUCCUCCCUCAACAAGCACCAGCGUUUUUGUGAGGGCAAGAACCCCGGCAUCCCUAUGAGCAACCCUAUCCUGGCCAAGUCCAGGUCCCAUCCCCACCACCACCAUCCGGGACUCAACCACUCAGGUCUGGCCUUCCCUGACUACUUCCCCUCCCGGCCCCAUCUUCACGCCAGCCUAUCCUUCUCCCCCAGGCCGCAUGGCUUCCCCUCGCUCUCCCAUGGCUUCCCGGAUCUCUUCGUCCCCUCGCUCUACCCCCGACCGCCCUUACUGCCCCCCAGCCCCUUUCUGAAGAGCUCCCUGGGCAAGAACAGUAACAACGGUGGGAGCCAGGAGGGCAAGCUGCCUCACAGCCCCCUGGACGGGACUCCACUGUCUCUGAUCAACUCCAUCAAAAACAACAACGGAGGAAAUAGUCUCCUCAGCAGUCAGGAGAGGGAGGACAAAGAGAGGCUGGAGCUGGCAUACAGAGAAGUCAAGGCCAAAGCCAAGAUGUCGGAGGUGUCGGACGGCAGCGACCUGGAGGAAGUCAACGCCACCAGCGGCACCGACCUAGACACCACCACCGGCACCGCCUUGUGUUCAGAGUUAGACAGCGACGCUGAGAGUGAGCGGGAACAACGGGAGCGGGUCAGCGGCACAAAGAGAAGGAAGGAGGCAGGCGUUGGAGGGGUGGUGGGGACAGAUAGGAUCAGUCAGGAUGGGCGGCCGGACAACGUGAGCAGCAGCUCAGUGUCGGCGGUGUCCAGCUCGUUCAACCUGGCUUGCGAGCAGCCCCCCUUCCUCUCGGUCGCCUCCCAGCACUCCUUCUUUCCGCAUCCGGACGAGCAGGCACUGCCCCCCACAGGGGCCACCGCUGCCACCGACUCCAUCAAGGCCAUCGCUUCCAUCGCCGAGAAGUACUUUGGCCCUGCGCUCAUGGGCCUGCAAGAGAAGAAUAUGGGCUCAAUGCCCUGCCAUUCGAUGUUCCCUUUCCAGUUCCUGCCCAACUUCCCUCACUCCCUCUACCCCUUCACCGAGCGGGCCGGUGCCCUCAAACCCGGCAUGUUCUUCAAGGCUGAGCCCAAGUCGCCUCGUGUGCAACAUCCGCCACCCCACAAAAUGGCUGUCCCUCGCACUGAAGAGCCAUCGCCCUUUGACCUCACCACCAAGCCAAAGAAGACCAAACCAAAACUGCCGGCCCCCGCCAAGUUGACCCCACCCAGCGGUAGCAGCAACACCCCCCUCCUUCUCCUGGGGGAUGAGGAGCAGCCACUGGACCUCAGCAUCAGCAGCCACAGAUGGGAUGUGCACAACGGGGUGGUGGCCCCUGAGCAGCCGUCCAGCCGCAAGAACCAAUGCAAGGAGGAGCACCCCGGCAGCCACCCGCACCAACACACCCUGCACCCCCAGGGCCACCCCCUCCACCAGCCCCUGCUGUCACAGCACCAGCAGCCCCUGGCCCAGCCGCCCCAGCAGCAGCCCUCCCUGCAUUACAUCAAGCCCUCUGCCUUCUUCAUGGACCCAAUAUACAGCAGGGUGGAAAAGAGGAAGUUACUGGACCCUGUAGGAGCUUUGAAGGAGAAGUUCCUGAGGGCCAAUUCGCUUCUCUUCCAUCCACAGAUGUCAGCCAUGGAGAGCAUGACGGAGAAGCUGGAGAGCUUUGGCACGCUCAAACUGGAUGCUUCGCCCAACUUGCUGCAGCACUCGGCCCACCCACUCUUCAACGUCCGCUCGCCGCCCUCCCUCUCCGCCGCCCUCCAUCUCCACCGCCCUCCCUCACUGCCGCCCUCCCUCUCUGACGCCAUCCUCCGCAAAGGC